AUGGACAAGAUAACACUAACUGGCGGCACACUGAUGGGUGAUGGCCACAAUCACUCGCAUUCUCACUCUCAUGGUCACCAACAGAAUCAUGAUCCGUUGGCACAACCAGGUCAACAACAGCAGGAGAAGCGCGUGGUGCUGACGCAUGAACAACAGAUCGAAUUGUCCAAAUUGGUACUCCGACCGCAGCAGAAUCAACAAGGUGGUCAUCAGUGUCAGGCUCACAAUCACUCUCAUGGACACUCCCAUGGACAUCAAAAUCAAAAUAAUAGUCAACAAGCUCAAGCCAUGUUACGGGCGGCAGCCCAAGGUGGUGGGAUUCAAGUCCCGGCUUCGGCCAUGUCCUUGAUGAUUCCAUUGGAAGAAAUCGUAAAAGGGACGCCCCAAGAAAUCAUGCAAGCGCUCAGUACGCUCUUGCGGUUGGGGCAGUACGAAAAAUGGGAAAACUUGGCCAAGGUUCUAAUCGAACGAGAAAAAGAAAAUCCUCCCUCGCAAGAUACCCUGUUGAAUAACAACGACAGCAUUAGCAGCAUGAUGGACGACAGCAGUAAGCAGCAAAAACAGCAAAAACAACAAACCAAUAAUAACAGCAACACUACUUGGUGGCUAUGGAUUGACAAUAACGGUCACACACUCUUGCAUUGGGCCGCCAAACGAGGGGAUGACAAACGCUUUGUCGAAUUCUUUAUGAAUCACGCUCCCAAAAAAGUAUUGACCGAAUUACUGCACACCACCUCCCACGACGGGACUGCCAUGACGCCCUUGCAUUGGGCAUGUACCGAACCGGGAGCACAAUCCCUCGGAAUAUUGUCCUUGUUUAUGCAAAACUCGGGAGUCAAUGUCAACUGGGAAGCCACGGAUGCAUCGGGAUGUACUCCCUUGCUCAUUGCCGCACAGUACGGUCAAGUCGAAGUCUGUGCCUACUUGUUGCAAAAGGGACGUGCCGAUUUGUACGCCAUGGACAAUAGUCUCGACACGGCGUUGCAUUGGGCGGCAUACAAGGGGACGCUGCCCGUCUGUGGACUCCUCUUUUGGUACCACGAACAACGUGUUGAACGCGAAGGACGAUACAACAGUGCCAACGACCUCAUGGCACCGGAUCAAUACGGACAAACGCCCUUGCAUUUGGCGGCUCUGCGUGGACAUACCAGUGUCGUACGAUGGUUGUUGCAUCGGACCUGUCCCACCAAACGAGACAAGUUGGAUCUCCUCUAUCACAAGGACAACAAUGGACGCACUCCUCUCGACUUGGCCAUUCACAAACAUCGGCCCACUGUGCAAACUGUAUUGCAAGAUGCACAAGAUCAUUUGGCAUCGUUUAACGUACGCGAACGAUCGCAGUGGCAAAUCUGGCGACGGACAUUGACCAAGGCGGCGAAACAAAUGACGUCGUGGCAUGCGUGGAAAUUGUGGAUGGGAUUGUCCGACUUUGCGGACGAAAUGGACGAAGCACCGCAAUUCCCAUACUAUUACUUGUGGGCACACGGAUUGAUACACAUUUUGAUCUGGUAUCCCUUCGUCUUUUGUCCCGUCCAUCAACCGUCCACCGGCUUGUUGUGGGACUUCCCAUUUUGGCAUUUGCUCAAUGUCAUGAAUUUUCUCAUUUGCAUCAUCACCUUGCAAAAAACAACUUUUACCAAUCCUGGAAAUCUAGUCGUCGAUGAGGGAUCCGAGAAAGGACUUCCCAAACGGCACAAGCAAGUGGUGCAGUACUGGAGGAAGCUGUACGAAACCACGCUCGAGUCCUACGCUACCACCAGCGACAUGCAGCAAGCCAUCAAGGCACAGCCACUCUGCCAUACCUGCCACAUUGCCCGGCCUUUGCGGAGCAAGCAUUGUCGAGUGACGAGGACAUGCGUCUUGAUGUUUGAUCAUCAUUGCCCUUUUGUGGGAAACACCGUCGGACUCUACAACUAUCCCUACUUUUAUUUCUUCCUGGCGUCACUAGCCUUCCUUCACGUGGCAUUCCUAUUCAACCUUGUCAUGUGCCUCUCUCGAUCACCCAAAAUACCUUGGGGAUGGUUGCUCCUCGGAGUCUUUCAAGGUCUGCACGUGAUUCCUACUGCGGGUAUGUUUGUCUACCACACACAGCUCUCGGUGGGUAACUUGACAACCAACGAACACAUGAAUGUAGCCAAGUACGAUUAUCUAGUGGAAAAGACAGGAUCCACCAAGAGGUAUCGCAAUCCGUGGUUCCGGUCGCGCCUUCGAAAUCUGAUGGAUCGACUGACUCCUACGGCGGAGCUGUACACAAUGCCAACGCAAUACCAGUCGCAGUAUCCACAAAGCCCUGCCAAGUCAGAUGACGCGGAGCAACAGCAGAGCUUGCUGUCGAGGAUGGACGGCGUAGUGUAA